CCCCGGCGGCCCGGGAGCCCCGCGAGGGGGGCCCCGCGGUGCAUUUUAACCGAAAACGGCUUCUUUGCGGUUAAACUACCGACACGGUCACCUGGGCUGGCGCUGGCGCUCGGCGGACUGCGCUCUGUGGAGUUGGCGCCUAACAUAACUGACGCCUGCGCGGGGCACAGCGCGGUCCGUCUGCCUCGUGCUUUUAUUUCGCCUGUGUACACGCUGAUCCCCGUGACGGUGCGGGAUUCAGUGUGCUGUUACCUCUUCGGAGAGAUGCGUCUGGUCACGGAGAAGUGUGAGACAGAUGCGCCCUACAUCGAUGAGUACCUGCCCCUUAGGUACCUGAUCGAGCCAGAUGAGUGGUGUGUUGGUAAAAGGCAGUCAAAGAAAAAAGGACUGAGUGCAGAAGAAAAGAGAGCCCGUAUGAUGCAAAUAUUUUUUGAGACUAAAGAUGUAUUUCAAUUAAAAGACUUGGAGAAGAUUGCUCCCAAAGAGAAAGGCAUUACCGCUAUGUCAGUAAAAGAAGUUCUCCAAAGCUUAGUUGAUGAUGGUAUGGUGGACUGUGAGAGGAUUGGAACAUCUAAUUAUUAUUGGGCUUUUCCAAGUAAAGCUCUCCAUGCAAGGAAACGUAAAUUGGAGGCUCUGGAAUCUCAGUUGUCUGAAGGAAGCCAAAAACAUGCAAAUCUACAGAAAAGCAUCGAAAAAGCAAAAAUUGGCCGACAUGAAACGGAAGAACGAACCAUGCUAGCAAAAGAGCUUUCUUCACUUCGGGACCAAAGGGAGCAGCUUAAAGCAGAAGUAGAAAAAUACAAAGAAUGUGACCCACAAGUUGUGGAAGAAAUGCGUCAAGCAAAUAAAGUAGCCAAAGAAGCUGCCAACAGAUGGACUGCAAACCCACCUCUUGCCUGCGUGUGUUUCCUGUGCUGGGUGAGCCCCGGAGACCCACGCCUGAGUGAAUUUAACUCACUUGGUGGAUUAAACCGCUGGCCUCACAGACGAGCUCGCUGAGAGCAGCGAGUGAAAUGACCCGGGCACAGCAGUUACCGCGGAGCCUGUGCUCUGCACAGUACGAAUAGUGUUCCGAGGGGAUUCCGGCAGAAGAGAGACCCCUGGAAGCAGAGCAGCGACAGGUUAUAGGGUGCACUGCGACGUGGGACCCACCUUGGGGUCCUCACUUGCUGCUGGGGAGCCUCCUUACAAGAAAGCCCAGCUUAGAAGCCGGGAAACAUUCUCCUAGAAAACAGCACUGUUAUGCAUGCUGGGUAGCUUUAGAAAAAGUACUUCUGGGUUAAUGUGGGGUUUUGGCCAUAUCUGGAAAUCUAAACCAUCACAUCUCAAAUUGUUUCUAUGGGAAACUGCCAAGUUCCUAACAACUGACUUAGAAAUAAACUGUUGGAAUGCA